AUGAAACUGGUGUUGAUUCUCGUAGUGCACUGCUAUUUAAUGCUCGUGUGUUCCGUGCCGCUAAUAGUCUCACACGACUUGUCGCACGCGGUUGAGCGUGGCGUAAGUUUAGCAAAGAAGAUGCUGAGCGACAUUCCUGCUGUGCACGAGACAUGUGUCAAAACAACGGGUUUGACCCUUGAACUGUCCGGUGAAGCAAAAAACUUGGAGUAUUUAUUCGGUGACAUUAGCAUUCCUGAACCACCAGUGCUCAAGACGAUAUCAGAGAACCUCACCUUGGCGAUGAGCUUGAGCCGUAUUGUAGAGGGUUUGGAACUGCACCAUAAGCUUCUGCAGAGAAUCAGAGAAUUCUUGACCUCCACAGAAAAACUGGAUCUCCUUCUUGCAGAUAUUAGAGACCUGUCUUCUCAAGUCCAAGAGAUGCAACAGUUGGCUCAGAUUCCCAGUACAGUAUCACAGAAAGCUUUUCCAGAUCUUUCUCCAAACCUCGACAGUGAUUAUCAAGUCCAAGUGACCACACAUCUUUCACUCCAGCAGCUGCGCAGCUUCACACAAGAUGUUUUCCGCAGUCUACGCCAAAUCGCUGUCUCCAGCUAG